UUUGCCUUAGCCUGCACGUCGUCCUUCACCUACCCACAUCCAAAACUUUAGAAAUGGCACCUAAACCUGCGUCCACUGCUGGCAAGGCCCCCGCGUCGACCGCCUCAAAGGCUCCGGCUAAGACCACUGAGGGGACUAAGGCUGCAAAGAAGACCUCCAAACCUGCUGCAUCUGGCGCAGAUGGCGAGAAGAAGAAGAGGCGAAAGAGCCGCAAGGAGACUUAUUCCUCCUACAUCUAUAAGGUACUCAAGCAGGUUCACCCUGACACUGGUAUCUCCAACAAGGCGAUGGCUAUCCUUAACUCCUUUGUCAAUGACAUCUUCGAGCGCAUUGCUACCGAAGCAUCUAAGCUCGCGUCCUACUCUAAGAAGUCGACGAUUUCCUCGCGCGAGAUCCAGACAGCUGUACGUCUUAUUCUUCCUGGUGAACUCGCCAAGCAUGCCAUCUCGGAGGGCACCAAGUCAGUAACUAAGUUUUCGAGUGCGAGCGCCAAGUAGACGGCUUUCUCUUGUAUCAUUAUUAUCUCCUCAUCUCUGUAUUCCACUACUGUAUUGUACUUUCCCUACUCGUUCUUGUUCGGUUUAUCAAUUUCCCUCUGUUUCCGCCUUCGGAAAUUUCACUGCAGCGUAAUGUUUGUGGAAUUGCGCAUAAACUUGGGGCUUUCUGAGCCCUUAUUGAACG